AUGGCGUCCACUACUCUAAGCAAUCCUACCACCACCAUUGGCCUAUCUGCGGCCCAGAAGUUAAUGCAGAAGCACCAAGAAACCCGUCAACCUACCAUAGAAGAUGUACCAGACGAAGAAGACGUGCCGAGUCAGACACCCUCAAGCCAUGUCCUAGAGUCUGCUUCUGGCCCAUCUUUCCAACACACUCCUCCUUUCCCUACAGGCGCCCCUACCGUUCCAAAGGUUAAUCCGGCCGAUAAAAAGGACAGGCCGAUUAUUGACACUCAAUCUGAAGAGCUGUUCCCAGGGCUAGGCGCUGCUCCAAAGGCUUCGACAGCCCCCAUUUGGGGUGCCAAAAACCCAACAGCAAAUGGUCAUGUCCAUGGCGUCUCCAAUGGCUAUUCGCCAACACCAUCUUCCCUCAAAACCCCCGCCCCUCCUGCACCGUCGAACCUUCGUGCUAAUCCGCAAUCUCUGAUUUCCCAGGUCCAAGCGCCACUUCUUUCCCUUCCAAGUAAGGAUAUUCUUCCUCGGAGUCAGCUGAAAAAACCCAUUACAGACACGCUGAAAGAUAUUAACAAGAAGUUGAGAACAAAUUUAACCAUGACAACUGGUGAGAGUGGUAUUCUAGAAUUCAGAGAAACUACCAAUCAAAAAGAUGCAAUAAGACAGCAAGCGAUUAAAGAACUCGGGCAGCUGAUAGGAGUCAAGAAAUCAGUAAAGAUCGCUCUUCCCCAGUCAACUAGAGCGCAUAUUAUUGGAAAACAAGGUACAACCAUCAAAGCUUUACAAGAUGCAACCGGUGCUCGCAUUCAGAUGCCCAAAAUUGAAAUUCCUACCACACCUACAGACGAUGAUGACGAUGAGAUGAUCGAAAUUUUAAUUGAAGGGAACACGGCUGCCAUCCACUUGGCUCAAAAAGAGAUUGAAAAAAUAAUCAGCGAAAGAUGCGCCAGCAUCAACUCCAAAAUUCGAACGAUUCCAACCGAAUUUUAUCCCUUUAUUGCUGGGGCCAAUGACCAUAAUCUUAAUUCUAUCGAGCAAGCUCACAAUGUGCAUAUUUCCAUUCCAUCACACCAUGUAUGGAACCCUCAACCCCCGCUACAGAAGCCAAAUCCUGGCCAACUACCCACUUUUGUCCCCACUGCUGGCCAUAAUCCCAUAACAAUUACUGGGGAUAGAGCAGCGGUCCAGGCUGCCCGCGCUGAUAUUGAAAAGCUUUCUCAACAGCUCCACCAGCAAUUGACGUUCGAACAAUUCAUGGUCAACAACAGCCAGCACCAGUUUAUCAUUGGAAAGCAAGGUAUCUCGCCGCAAGGCUUCUUUGCAAAGACUGGAUGUGGAAUAAUGCUUCCCAGUGAUGUCAAUGAAGAUUCGGUGACAGUUGUUGGCCAUCCAGAACGAGUUGAAGCUGCUAUGGAUUAUGCUAUGGAUCUAGCUAGCAGUAUGAACCAGGCAAUGUUUGACGUAGCAAGACACUACCGAAAUGCUCCAGGCCACGCCCGUAUGCAUGCCAGGAAUAUCACUCAGUAUCUUCGAGACCGAAAUGAAAUUGACAAGAUAGGAGGCCGCCAUCAGAUACAUAUCACUACCCCUAUGGACGCCGAAGGAGCUGCACCAUGGGAAAUAUUCUAUCGCAGCGAGAAUAGUAAAAUUGCCACACGGGCGCAAAACGAGAUUGCUAGUAUUAUAUUGGCUCACCCACCUACUCGAAUGACAACUGUUGCGACGGACCCUUUUUAUCACGACUACUUAAGACGGGAUGUAACUCCAAGAGUACUGAGAGAUUACGGUGUUCGUAUGGUCAUACCUAAAGGAGAACUUGCUGGAGAACCGAUAUUAUUGGUGUACGAAGGGGAAUCUGGCCAUGAACCCGACUUUCAGAUUUCUCGGGAAAAGCCGGACGCUAGUCAAAUAGAGUCUUUCGAAAAAGGCCUUGCUGACGCACGUCAUUGCAUCCUUGAUAUUAUUGGCAAGCAAGCGAAGAUUGGCGAAGAGAUUAUAGAUGUUCCACGCAUAUUUCAUGAGAAAUUGAGGCGAUACAUCCAGAGCGAGCAAAAACAGCGCGCUGCCGACCAGAUCCCUGUGCGCGUCUUUGUAUCAGGGACUAGAGUAACACUUCGUGGGCCAACCCCGGCCGUUGAGUCACUUUCUAAGAAGGUGCACGCAUUUAUAGCAGAGGCCAUCGAGGACGAAAAGGAACGGGGCUUUACUUUGUCUUUUAAUUUUCCCCAAAAACAUGUUAAUCAAUUAAUUGGUAAGGGGGGCAACAACAUACGAGAGCUAAAAGAUAAGUUUGAUGUUGAAAUCAACGUUUCCGAUGGGGUUGUGGAGCUUCAAGGGCCUAAAGCAAAAGCGGAAGCUGCCAAGACUCACAUUCUCUCCCUCGGCCGCCACUGGGCUGAUGAGGUCACUUAUGUCAUAAAAGUCGAUCCAAAAUUCCAUCGAGAGCUAAUAGGAGCUCAAGGUGCGACUAUCAACAGACUUCAGACAAGAUACAAGGUUCAAAUACACUUCCCUCGCUCACUCAAACAGGGAAAAGACGAUCAGUCAAAUUCUGAUGCGCUGAGUGAGGCAGGUCGUCGAGGCCCUCGUCGGGAACAAGAGCCAGAUGAAGUUAUUAUCAGAGGCCCAAAGAAAGGAGCUGAUGAGACUCGUGACGAACUAUUGUCUCUCGUGCAAUACAUGCGCGAUCGAUCUUAUAAUGCCACAGUUUUGGUACAAGCCAGACAGAUACCUUCGUUGAUCGGGCAGCGGGGAAGUGGGAUGGAGGAGCUGCGACAGCUGACCGGGGCUAGGAUCGAUAUACCCAACGCCAAAGACUUGGAUAAUCCAUCUACACUAGUUGAAAUACAGAUCAAAGGAGCUGAGUCAUCGGUUGCGCAGGCCAAAAAAAUAAUUGAGGAAAAGAAGCACAUAUUUGACAAUACUGUGACGAAAACAAUAGAGAUUGAUAAAAAACAUCACAAGGCACUGAUUGGGGCUCAAGGAUCAACCCUCCGUAACAUUAUAGUAGAAGCUGGAGGAGCAGAUGAUCGUCAUGAGUUUGCGCGCAUUGUUCAAUUCCCAAGGGCUGACAUUCAGGGGAACUGCAUCAAAAUUGAAGGUAAUGUUGAUCUAGUCGAAAAUAUCAUCUCCAAGAUGCGAGGAAUUGUUGAGGAACGAGAAAGUCAGAUAAACGAGACUCUUGACGUACCUGUUGAAAAACAUCGCUCCCUUAUCGGCCGAAACGGCGAGACGAAGAAAGACCUUGAAGCCAAAUUCAAGGUUUCGAUCGAGGUACCUCGGCAAGGCAGUGGACUCACGGGAAUUGUGAUAAGUGGCUUACCAUCUAAUGUGGAAGAUGCCAAGAAUCAGAUCCAGCGACUCAUCGACGAACAAAAGGGCGAGUCAAUUCUCUUACCACUCAACAUCCAUCAUGCUAUAGUAGACAACGGGCAAUUUUUCAGGAAACUUCGGAAUGAUUACCAGGUAAAGGUUGAUCACGGCGGGAAGAAAAUCCCAACGAGGUUGUCUAAAACAGUCAAUGGUCAUACGAAUAGGAGUUCACUGCCACUUAUUACUGAUACAGCAGAGUGCGCUAAAGAAGCCUAUAUAUUUUCAGCGACGACUAUUUCCAAUAGCCAGGACGAAGACCAAAUACCAUGGAAUUUACGUGGAACUCCAGAAAAUGUGGCAAAAGUAAAGGCCGCCAUUUCGUCUGCUGUGGAACAGGCAUUGAAAGAGACAACCUGCGGGCACUUGACCCUACCUGAUCCUCGGACCUAUAGAUUCGUCAUCGGCUCGGGAGGAAGCAAAGUUAAUACUAUUCGCAGAGCAACAGGCUGUAGAAUUGCUGUUCCCAGAGAACAGUCUAAUGAUGAAGCCAUCGAAAUUAUCGGUAGUGCAGACGGGGUUGAAAAGGCUAAGGAGAUGAUUCUACAAGCCGUAGAAGACGGUUUGAACGCUAGCCAGCAUGGUGGUUCGGGUUAUCAACGGGGUUAA